AUGGUGGAGUGGGCGAAAUUGAUAUGGCAUAAUGCUCUUCCUAAGAGGGCUUCAGUUGUGAUAUGGAAGGCUUUGUCCGGGAGUCUCAGUUUUGAUGAUAGAAUACGUCAAGUUGGAGUGGCUAUGGUGUCUAGAUGUAACUGUUGCAUUACUGGCCAUGAGGAGGAUGCUUACCAUGUUUUAAGCACUGGAGACUUCGCAGAUGAGCACUUGGCAAAUAAUGUUACAAAGACCAGAGUAUUAACACGUGAGGAGGAAAAGACCCUAACAGACAUGGGCAUUCCUUGUAUAGUCGGGAAACAAUCACCAGUAUGUUUCGUGACUUGGAAAAAACCAAUUGCUGGGAGAGUAAAGAUAAAUGUAGAUGGAAGUAGCUUGGGUAACCCAGGCCGGGCAGCGUCGAAUAAUGAAGCUGAGCUGAAAGCUACUAUUGAGGGACUUAAACUUUGCCAGCAUAUAGGAGCUUUUCAUGUUGAUCUUGAAUGUGAUUCCAAGAUUGUUGUAGAUUUGAUGUUGAAACGCAAGUGUACAGUUUGGUACUUGUGGGAUUUUUGGGAGCAGUUAUGGAAGUUAAUGAGUUUAUUUGAAAUUCACGUUUCACAUCAAGUGGCGGAUUUAUUAGCAAAAAUGGGUGCACAAGGUAUAACGCAGCUUUUCACAUCUAGUACUGGCUUGCCUGUGUAUACUCGAGGCCUAGUUCGGUUGGAACGCAUAGGAGUUCCCUAUCUACGUAUGUAA